AUGGGAAGCUUUACAACGUUCAGGUCUUACUUCGUUGGCUUGUUUUGCGAGACGAUCCUAUAUGGUGAGCACACUCACAUGCUCGCAUGUUCCACAUCAUCGAUCUUCGAAACAGGCAUGCACACUGUUCUGGCAGUCUGGACGAUGUCCCUCUUGCUACGACUGUCUGCAGGUGGUGAACGUGCGCACUUCAGAUGUAUCAGAGACCGGUUCCUACCACUGACGGUUUCCCCACCUCCACAGUGUAUACUCGGAGACGCUAUCGUUUGCUGGAGGACCUGGGUGUUGUACGGCCGAGAUUGGCGCGUCCUCAUCUUCCCCGUUUCAUGCAUCGUCGGGAGCAUUGUCUCUGCGUUUGGGCUCUGCGUAUUGAUAGCCAAGUCGGGGUCGGGCGAGCAGUUCUACACCGGAAGCACGGUUCCGUGGUUCUUGGUCUUUGGAGUGUGCACGUUCAUCCCGAACUUCUACUCGGUAUUGAACCUAAAUUCCUCGCGCCAUCGUCGUAGAGAUCUGAGAAAAGCCAACGUCCAAAUACUCGGGAGUUCCAAAUCUUGGAGCGCACUCCUGAUCAUCGUCGAGUCUGGUGCAGUGUACUGCAUCUCUCUGGCAAUCGGGUUUAAUUUCCCCACGAGCUGUGCUGACGGGCGGUUCGACCAGAUCAUCGUCGUCAUACUGUUCCUUCUCGAUCACAAUGGCAUGUAUAUCAUGGUCAAAAUGCUUACCCUUAUAACGGGAAUAUAUCCGACUGUGAUUAUUGUUCUCGUCUGUCUCAAAAUGACCGUGUACGACAACGUGACACGCGUGGAGACGCUUCCCUCAUUGCGUGUCCUCACGGAUGGCGACGCGAACUCGGUCCGGGGUACGGGUGCACUGCGCAACUUGAACUCAAGCCCGACGUUCAACUACCGCACACCGAGCAGCGGCGGCCGAAAACCAGUGAUAUUGAACUAG